CAUACAGGUGAUGGUCCAACAUGGCUACCAGGAAGAAAGUGUUGAUUUCAGCUGCUGUUGCUGCUCUGGCGGCCUUUAUUGGACACGCGUUUCUCAGAGUUAAAAACGUGUCCCUCGCCUCCAGAGACAUGCCCGUCAAACACCUCAGCUGUCAUUAUUUAAAGAAUAUAGACUAUGGAGCUGAAGAUAUCACCAUACUUAAAGAUGGAC